AUGCGCGCGCUCGCGUCGGUGCGGCCCUUCCCGGCCGCGGCGCCGCGACGCCGCGCGAGUGAAGGUCCCAAACCGGGCGCGAACCCGUCGGGGCCCGCGCGCCGAGGCUGUCGGCGAUUCUUCGCGGCGCGGGGCGGGCACGACGCCGAGGGACCCAACACGCGGGAGACCCAAUACGUCGCGAAGACGGCCACGCAGGCCACCGACGCCAAGGAGAACCUCACGGAGAGUCAGCAGGUGCAGCGGGACCUGGCUCUCCGCAUGAUGGAGGCGCAGAGCCGAUGGCUGGAGGCGCCGGGCACGCCGCGAAGGACGAGGAAAAAAUCCAAGAUGAGGCGGCCCGUCGACGCGGACCCAGCCGCGGACGCGACCCAAACCGCGGCAUCCUCCGAGGACGUCGCCGGCGACGGGGACCUCAUCGGGAUGGACGCCGAAACCGUGGUCGGCGAGGCGUGGGAGCGCGGGCGAUGGCUCCUCGGCCUUCUCGUCCUCCAAUCCUCAUCCUCCGUCGUCCUUCAGCACUACGGCGACUUGGUCCGCGACAACCUCAUCAUCACGCUGUUCCUCACCAUGCUCGUGGGCGCGGGGGGCAACGCGGGAAACCAGAGCGCCAUACGCGUCAUCAGAGGCUUGGCCACCGGCGAGAUGGUGACGACGAGGGAGUGCUUCGUGGAAACGCUCUGGCGGCAAGCCAGGGUCGGCUUCCUCCUCGCGUCGUUUCUCUCCGCCGGGGGGUUCGCUCGGGUCAUGGUCACCGAGGCCACCGGGGGACUGGACGCCGCGGGUGGGGCGGCUGGCAUCAACGACCCGCCCGCGGCGGUGGGCGCCUUCGGCAUCGCCCUGUCGCUGUUCUGCAUAGUGACGCUGAGCACGGUGGCAGGGACGGCGAUGCCGUUUGCGCUCGCCGCGAGCGGCCAGGACCCGGCCAACGCGGGGACGACGAUCCAGGUGGUGAUGGACAUCAUGGGGGUGGUCAUCACGUGCGUGGUGUGCUCGCUGGUGUUCACGCAGGUGCCCGGGAUGUUGGCGGCGGUGGGGGGAUGA